CAAUGACAAUACCUAGCUAUGGGGAGUAAUGUUUAGAUUAGGGAAAAUAGUGAUAGUGCACUCCCUUCCUUAUCUAAAAGCCAAGUCGUCCGAUACAUUUACAUUUCUAUUUACAACUACAUCGUGUUUUCCAUAAGGAUAUACAGAAAGGAAUGAAAGUAUAGCCUAUUCCCAGGGGCACUUUUAUCACACAGGACCUCUGCUAAUAGCAGAGUCCUUCCUAGCUGCUUGAGUGAAGAUGGCGCAGGCACUAUCAGAGGAGGAGUUCCAUCGGAUGCAGGCUCAGCUUUUAGAGCUGAGGACACAGAACUACCAACUUUCAGAUGACUUGCGGAAGAACACAACUGAGCUGAAUGCUGUUCGUCUGAAGACUGUGACCUUGGAGAAAGAUUACAUCAAAGCACAGAAGGCUCUGAAUAAAAGCAAGAAAGCUCAGGAGGUGGAUGCUUUACUCAGCGAGAACGAGAUGCUGCAACGCAAGCUGCACAGCCAAGAGGACGACUUCAGACUGCAAAACAGCACCCUGAUGCAGGAGCUGUCCAAGUUAUGUACUCAGAUAGAGGAGCUACAACAUGAAAUCAAAGAGCUAAAGGAUGGCAAGGGGCUGCAGGCUGAAUCCUCCGGUACCAUCUCCAUCUCUGUGGAUGGAGAGUUACUGCGCCUCCAGGCAGAGAACGCUGCCCUUCAGAAAAAGAUGACGGCCCUUCAGGAGCGCCAUGAGAGUGAGAUAAAGAGCCAGAGGGGAGCGGAGGUCAGUGAAACCAAAGCCUCAGAGACAGAUGGCCUGGCUGACACCAACGGUGUCCGGUUGCACUCUGACGUCAGUGAGACCAGGGAGGACUCUGCAGCCGGAACCAAUGACAGACUGGAACAGGCAGAGGCAAAGUGUGCCAAACUGGAACAGCGAGUGGCCGAGCUAAGUGAGGUGGAGCUGCAGCUGCACACUGAGGUGGAGGAGAAGCGCCUACUGAAGGAGCAGCUCCAAGCACUAGAGUCAUCCAAACAGGCAGACAUCACACAACUUCAAGAAGAAAUAGCAAAGCUCUCUGAUAAAUUGAAGAAAAAACAAGACCGCUUUCUGCGUUCGCAAGCUGAAAAAGAAGCCCUUUAUAAUGACAGCAGGACCAAAAUCGAUGAGAUUCAACAGAGGAAGGAGGAGGAGCUAAAGUCAUUGAACAUCCGCAUCCAGAAGUUACAGGGAGAUCUGCUGUCAGCCAACCAGAGUGUUGGAGAGAUGAAGGAGCAGCUACAGAGCCGACAGAAGGAGCAUGAGUUAGUUCUACACACACUCAGAGAUCAGAUUCAGACAGUGAAGACUCAGGAGAUGAACCUUUUGCGUGACCAAAACACGGCUCUGAACGUUGAGCUGCAGCAGAGACGGACAGAGCAGGAGAGCUUCCUGGCACAGAGAGAUGACCUUAAGUCUCAGCUACAGGAGGGGAACCGUGCCAACAGCAGACUGUUGGAACAGCUGACUGUAUUGGACCAAUGGAAAGACCGAUUACAGCAAGAGCUGGAGGAGGCUAAAAAGACAGCUGACAAGCGGAAGGCCAUGCUGGAUGAACUGGCCAUGGAGAUAAUCACAGAGAAGUCCCGGCACAAGGAGGAGCUGAGCGACGUGCGUCUGCAGCAUGAGAAGGAGGUGCUGGGGGUGCGAGCACGCUACGAGAAGGAGCUGAGGGGACUCCAUGAGGACAAGAACCGCACAGAGGAGGGGAUCCGCUCACAGCUCCGAGACGAGAAGGCUCGCAAUAAGGAGCUGGAGGGCCUGCAGCAGUGUGUGGAGGAGCUGCAGGCCCAGGUCCAAUCCAUGGAGGACACUAAGGGCUGGUUCGAACGCAGACUCAAAGAUGCUGAGGAGAGCAUGGAGAAGAGCUGUCUGGAGCACCAGGAGAGCAUGGAGAAGCUGCAGGAAGAACACUCUCUCCAACUGGAGGGAAAGGCAUCUGAUAUAGAUGGUGUGAACCUGCAGUUGACAAAGGUAGAGAAGGAAAGGGAUGUGCAUUUUGAAACCAUUGGAAAACUGAAGCAGGAGAUUAAAGACACGGUGGAUGGCCAGAGGAUCCUGGAGAAGAAAGGUAGUUCAGCACUGAAAGACUUGAAGAGGCAGCUACAGCUGGAGAGGAAGAGAGCUGAUAAACUCCAGGAGCGGCUACAGGAGAUCCUCACCAACACUAAGACCAGGACAGGCCUGGAAGAGCUGGUGUUGUCAGAGAUCAGCUCUCCUAGUCCUAAGCAGCAGAGGGGAGAUAGCAGCAGUGUCUCGUCCUUCAACUACGGGGAGAUCAUGAAGGAGGGAGCCACAUCACAGAGCAUCAACAAGUCCGCCAGUGGCAGCCCCCAGUCCCAGCGGCCUGCUGACCUGUCUGAUGAUGAGGUUGGGGAGCUGUUCCAGAGGCUGGCUGGGGUGCAGCAGGAGAAGUGGAUGUUGGAGGAGAAGGUGAAACACCUAGAGGUCAGCUGCUCCUCCAUGGCUGAUGACAUCUGUAAGAAAAGUUCUAUCAUCGAGACCUAUGUCAUGGACAGCAGGAUAGCACAUGGUGCACAUGGUGCAACGGCGGUAGCCCAUCACGUGGGCCAGGUGGGGGGACAUGGUCAUGGCUUGGGCUCUGUGCUCAGGGACCUGGUGAAGCCUGGGGACGAGAACAUGCGGGAAAUGAACAAGAAGCUGCAGAACAUGCUGGAAGAACAGCUGACCAAGAACAUGCAUUUACAGAAGGACCUUGAAGUUCUGUCUCAGGAGAUUGUCCGUUUAAGUAAAGACUCAAGUCCUGGAGCUGGCUCAGCUACGGGCUAAAAGACUGGAACAAGUCCCUCCUCUCUGCCCUCUCUCUUCACCUGUUUCUGUGGCCAACAAGAGGACAUUACCUAACUGACUGACUGAACCUCUGGCUGGGAACACAGAUGAAAGGAGAGGGAUAGAGGAGGGUAGGAAGGGGUUAGUGCUCUUGAAACUGCUUUACUACUGAAUGUACUUACUGUAACAUGUCUUGGUUCUUUCUGUGGUAUUGUGAUCUGACUUCUGUCUGUCUGCACUCUCUGCCUCCCCACUCUGGUGUGAUCUGAAGAAUAGCAGAAGGCAACCAUGUCUGGAUGCCAGGACACAGUGCUUUACUGGUUCACGACUUCAAGAGAUUGUUUAAUGUUGCGAAUAACAAGAGACAUUCUGCCUACUCAUACAGAGGCUUACGCUGUUGUGUUUUGCCUGUACUCGUAUUCAUUUCUUUAUACUUUCAACUCUGCAACUCUUGUUUUUGUUUGUAUAAAUCCUGUAUAUAUGAAUAUGAAAAAUCAACUGUAGUAAUUUAACUGUCCUCGGAGUAAUAAGUAUUGUAAUGAAACAGCAGGGUCGUUACAGUAUUGUAUAUGAGCCAAAAUGAUUGUAAAGGUUUUAUGACCAUCAUACAUUCUAGAUGCUGAAAUGUCCAGUUUGUGUUUGUCUGGGGAAAGUGUGAGUAUCCUAAAGCCAGUAGUAAAAAAAAAAAAAAUAUUUACAAAAACUCAAUAACAUGCAUAGUGUUGAGGACUGGACCAAACCACCACUGCUUCUUGGGGAACGGACAAAACCACUCCUAUCUCUGGGUCGCUGGACCACACCACCCCUGUGUCCACUCACUGGGUUAGAUCUCUGUGCUCGUUUCCUUUUAAUCUGCACCAGUCCCGUGACUGCAGCAGAAUCACAGAGGAGGCCUUAGCAGCUCAGCAUCUGGUGUCAACAUGAACAUGAUGUCCAACUCCACAGAGACUGGCUGGAUGCCUGCUUUGUGGCCCGCUUUCAAGAUGUCACUUUGGCUGCUUUCUCUAUCAAUUAAGACUCCAGGUGUGGUUAGAUUUGCACAUUUAAUUCCGGCUUAACUCCACUUUGAUAUUUUCUGAAAAUAUUAGAUUCCAAAUAAGAGGAAGCAGAGGAUUCUUUGUGAUGAGCAGAUUAAUUUGCCCCCUUGGUUGAGGUCUAACAACAGUGUCGGUUGUCUUGACUUCACUCUGGCAAAGCUCAUCAGUGUGCUCGCUGAGUUCAACAUGGACAGGAAACUCAUCACCAAUAUUUAUUAUCUGCCAUCAAUACCUGGCCAUUACUGUGUGUCAGAAGAACUGGCCCCAUGCCCUGUAGGAUGAGGGAAACAUGAAUCAUGUGAAGCUGUGCCUUCUAUUUCACCUGUCUUUGACUUACUUAGCAAAUGUCUUAUUUUAAAUGACUUCUCAACAUGACUGAACAGCAGUAGCUGGGCAGAUCAGAUGGUAUAACACAGGGUGGUCUAACACAGCGUGCAUACCUCCCUGUGUUAGCCUUUUAUACUUCUCAACAUGACUGAACAGCAGUAGCUGGGCAGAUCAGAUGGUAUAACACAGGGUGGUCUAACACAGCGUGCAUACCUACCUGUGUUAGCCUACUUUGAGACAUGUUUCCCUUAUCUGAGAAUGUAUGCACUUCAUUCAGGCCUCCGUGAACACUUGUUUAGGAACGAACAGAUUGGUCAUUGGAAGCCCCCCCCCCCCAAGAACGUCUUCUCUUAUGUUCAAGUAAGGCUGGGCGAUAUAUCAAAUUAAUAUAAUAUAUUCAAAUAUAUUUUUGGGCGCGAUGUUUCAAAUGCCUAUGUCACAACAAUCUAGGUUUUUAUUUUAUGUUCAUUGUUGCUUCAUUGUUGGUAUGUUGCUUGUUAAAAAAAAAAAAUCAGGUAAUGUUUUUUAGAGCCCCAUUCAUACAGUCUAAUUUUUGCCGCGUUCUUGCCGGGAUAAGUCUUUUAUACCUCCCGUGCACAUGCCGGCAAGAUUAGGAGUGGGAGGUGUAUUUGAAUAAAUUCAUUGAAUGUGCACCAUCACAAAUACGUUUUUGGCAGGUCCUAAGAAACAUAAGACUAAUAAAAUAUGUUUUCAAGACGAAUAGAAUGGCAUAUUUUGAGUUGAAAUUAUGUUACUGGUCUGUGCAGCAUAUAUUCUAAAUGGCUGUGCCAUGCACAUGAAACCAAUAGUGAUUUUGUUCCUUAAACAGACAAGGCACACUUACCAGGCUACCCUGAUCAGUCAACACAUAUACAGUAUUUUUGAAUAGGCUAAGAAUAUCAUUAAAUAUAACGGUAUAAAAUACAAUUCAUAUUUUUCCCAAACAAUUUGCAUCACAUCAAAGGUGUGGAACUGCUGUCAUGUAAAAAAAAAAAAUUUAAAGUGAUAUUUUUUAAGGAGAGACCAAGGUAAGCCCAUGCUUUUAUGAUAUCCAAUUGGUAGUUACAGUCUUGUCUCAUCGCUGCAACUCCCGUACGGACUCGGGAGAGGUGAAGGUCAUGGUCCUCUGAAACACAACCCAACCAAGCCACACUGCUUCUUGACACAACACCUGCUUAACCCGGAAGCCAGCCACACCAAUGUCUCGGAGGAAACACCGUUCACCUGGUGACCGUGUCAGCGUGCAUGCGCCCGGUCUGCCACAGGAGUCACUAGAGGGUGAUGGGACAAGGACAUCCCUGCCGGCCAAACCCUCCCCUAACCCGGACUACGCUGGGCCAAUUGUGCGCCGCACCAUAGGUCUCUGCCUGGACUCGAACCAGGAUCUCUAGUUGCUCAGUUAGCAACUGCGAUGCAGUGCCUUAGACCACUGCGCCAAAUGUAUCCACAGUAAGUCGCUCUGCAAAAAGUUUGCGGGAUGCUAAAGUUUACAGAAAAUGUAUUUUGAAAUGUGUAUUUGACAACAAGCCAUCUGUGGUACUGUGUUGUGUGGCAAAACUGCACAUUUUAGAGUGGCCUUUUGUUGUCGCCAGCACAAGGUGCACCAGUGUAAUAAUCAUGCUGUUUAAUCAGCUUCUUGAUAUGCCACACCUGUCGAGUGGAUUCAUUAUCCUGGCAAAGGAGAAAUGCUCACUAACAGUGAUGUAAACAAAUGUGUGCCCAAAAUGUGAGAGAAAUACAUUUUUGGUGCAUAUGGAACAUUUAUUUCUUUUAUUUCAGCUCAUGAAACAUGGGGCCAACACUUUACAUGUUGCGUUUUAUAUUUUUGUUCAGUAAAUAAAGAUUAGCUGGCUA